UGCUCACCGCGGCAACCUUGCGCUGUCGGCUCCACCUUACUCUCCGCCCCAAACCGCGCCGCCAUGGCUUCCGACUUCUCGCUCAAGGACCCCGCCCGCUCCUCCGCCGCGCGCGGCUCGCGCCACAGCCAGCACCAGAGCAUCGACCUCUCCCAGUCCAUGGUCGAGUCCGGCAACGCUUUUGGCGACCCGCCGCCGGCGCGGCCGUCGUGGCUGCAGCGGCAGUGGACCUUCUUCUGCGGCACUCCGUGCCGCGCGAUGCUCGGCUGUGGCACGAUCGUGCUGCUCGGACUCAUCAUAUUCGUGCCGAUCAUCCUGCUGGUGAUCGUGCCCAUCGUCGUCAACAUGUUUGUGAACGCCACGACGAUGACCAUCAUAAGCGCCACGCUGAUGGAGCCCCUCCCCUCCACCAUGCUGAUCGAUACGUGGGUCGAGCUCAACAACGCCGGCCCGAUCGCCGCCAAGCUCUCGGGCUUCAACGCGACGCUGGUCGGACCAAAGGGGCGCGACAUCGGCUGGCUCGUCUUCCCCGACGUCCCGCUCGACGCAAACUCGGCCAACCUCCAGGAUGUGCUCAGCCAGAUGACCAUCAUGAACGAGCAGGCCAUCUACGAGGAGGGGCUCGACCUGCUGGCCGGGCGCCCGGUCACGUGGCGCAUCAAGGGCGAGACCACCCUCACGACCCUCGGCUUCGGCUUCAAGGUCGACAUCGACAAGCCGCUCACCUUCCCCGGCGUCCUGCUCGAAAUUUACAGACGCACCACCUGGGCAUCAUCUAUGUGACCGCCUCGUA